GAGAAGAGGUUGGGAGGAGGAGGAGAAGCAGCAUCCCGCCCCUUUCCUCCUUAAAGAAAGGAGAAAUUCACCUCGAAAAGAAAAAGAAAAAAAAGCGGAAUAAAUUCGCCCGCCGAACGCGGAGGAAGCGGGAGGUGAGGAAGGAGCCGCCGCUUCCCUCGUCCUGAGCUGGCUCCAGUGCCUUUUCCAGGGCACAUGCAGGGCUUGCCUGAGCCCCUGCUGUGUCCCGGGAUGGCCAGGAGGUGACCCCAGGCUGAGGAUGACCCUGACUGACAGACUGCGGGAGAGGAUAUCGGGGGCUUUCUACAGCCACGGGCUGCUCUGUGCUUCCUACCCCAUCCCCAUCAUCCUCUUCACUGGCCUCUGCAUCCUGGCCUGCUGCUACCCACUGCUGAAGCUGCCACUGCCUGGAACGGGUCCUGUGGAGUACAGCACCCCUGUCAAGGAUUAUUCCCCACCCUCUCCAGACGUGGGGCUGCAGCAAGGAGAUCCCAGCGAGCGUCCUGACUGGUACCUGGGGGCUCCUGUAGCCUACAUCCAGCAGAUCCUGGUGAAAGCCACCGUGUCCCCCUGGCAGAAGAACUUCCUGCCCGUGGAUGUGUUCCGCUCACCCCUCUCCCGUGUCUUCCAGCUGGUGGAGGAGAUCAGAAACCAUGCCCUGAGGGACAGUUCUGGUGUCAAAAGCCUGGAAGAAGUUUGCCUUCAGGUCACAGAUCUGCUCCCUGGCCUGAAGAAGCUGCAGAAUCUGCUCCCUGAGCACGGCUGUCUGCUCCUCUCCCCUGGCAACUUCUGGCAGAAUGACCGAGACCGCUUCAACGCCGACCCAGAUAUCAUCAGAACCAUCCACCAGCAUGAGCCAAAGGCUCUGCAGACAUCAGCCACCCUCAAAGAUCUGUUGUUUGGGCUGCCUGGGAAGCACAGUGGGGUGAACCUCUACAACAGGAAGAGAGUGGUGGCAUACACAGUCACCCUGGGGCUCCAGAGAUAUGAUGCCAGGUUCCUCAGCAGCCUCCGCUCCCGCCUGAAGCUGCUGCACCCCAGCCCCAACUGCUCCCUGCGGGAGGAGAACAUCAUCCACGUCCACUUCAAGGAGGAGAUCGGGAUCGCUGAGCUCAUCCCCCUGGUCACCACCUACAUCAUCCUCUUUGCUUACAUCUACUUCUCCACACGGAAGAUCGACAUGGUGAAGUCCAAGUGGGGCCUGGCGCUGGCGGCGGUGGUGACGGUGCUGAGCUCCCUGCUCAUGUCUGUCGGGCUCUGCACACUCUUUGGUUUGACCCCAACUCUGAAUGGAGGGGAGAUAUUCCCAUACCUGGUGGUGGUGAUUGGGCUGGAGAACGUGUUGGUGCUCACCAAGUCUGUGGUCUCCACCCCCGUGGACCUGGAGGUGAAGCUCCGGAUUGCCCAAGGCCUGAGCAAUGAGAGCUGGUCCAUCAUGAAGAACAUGGCCACAGAGCUUGGGAUCAUCUUGAUUGGGUAUUUCACCCUGGUCCCUGCCAUCCAGGAGUUCUGCCUCUUUGCUGUGGUUGGCCUGGUCUCUGACUUCUUCCUCCAGAUGUUUUUCUUCACCACCGUGCUCUCCAUUGACAUUCGCCGGAUGGAGCUGGCUGACCUCAACAAACGCCUGCCAGCAGAAGCCUGCCUGCCCCCAGCCAAGCCCCUCAGCCGCUCCCAGCGCCAGCCAGCCCUGCGCCCCAGCACCCCCCACACCAUCACCCUCCAGCCCUCCUCCUUCAGGAACCUGCGCCUGCCCAAGAGGCUCAGGGUCAUCUACUUCUUUGCCAGGACACGGCUGGCCCAGAGGAUCAUCAUGGUAUGGGGGGAAUCACCCAGGGUCCCAUCCUGCUGGACACUAUCCCAACCCCAAGGGGACAUGGAGG